UGCAGGGCUCUUCCUAAGUUCCUACUGUACAUUCCACUGGGGCGUGCCUGGGGCAGUGCCAAGUCACUUCAACUACACUAGUUCUCUGCAUUGGUUUCUUUCUCUUUUCUUUUCCCUCUCAUGUGUGUCCAUUGACUUUGUUCUUGCUUUGGUUCCUCUGAUCUCCAUCCAUCUUUUCCUGCUUAGGAAAUUCGUCUUUCACGGCCUUAUCCCCACCGGACCUGGUGGUAGUGCUCGCCGCUCGAUAUUUAAACACCUUUGUUCCCAUUGACAUCCCCCUUCCUCAUCACUCCCCAUUCUUCUUUGUUCUACAAUAUAAUAGCUUCCAACUGUACAGCUCGGAUUCAUUCUUUGGUCAUCAAUCUGCACAUAACAUUCGCAAUCAUGAAGUUCCUCGCUCCUCUCGCUUUGCUCGUGUCGGCUGUCGCAGCCAGCCCUAUCGUUCAAGCCCGCGACACCUCCCAGAGCUUCUACCUCAAGACUUCCGGCGCUGCCAACGAUGCCCACAACAACCUCUACGUCUACGCCUAUCACACCGGCGCCGGCCUCAACGAUGCCAUGCUCACCGCCGAGAAGUCCACUGCUCGUGCCGUUUCCUUGAACGGCACCACCGCUCAGUUCGACUUGGGCACCACUUUCCCCUGGGGUUUCAAGAUGGGCGCCAACACCAACUAUGCUUCAUGGGAACCCGUCGAGAUCAAUGUCGGUUACGGUGACGAAGGUUUCUCCGUGGAUGGUUCGACCCUUCAGUGGUCGGCGGAGAACGGCUUUGGCGGUUGGUUGGUUUGUGAUUGGUACCACAACGCCCCUCAGCUCUUCUGGCUCUACGAGUAUCUGCCCGCCACGAUCCCUUCCUCCUGCGACAAGGUCGACCUCACCGUGGAAUACUCCUCAUAGAUGAGGCACGAGGGGUUGGCUGUCCGACAACAAGGCUCGUGGUUGAUGAAUCAUACGACGCAAGAUAGGAUCGGGAGAGGACACUCGCCACUCUCCAGCUUGACGCUACCAGAUCUGUAUCAGUACGACGACGGUUAAGACUAUCUGUGAUGUUAAUGCUAAUUAAUCGUAAUAAUGACCUGUGAGGAUGAUGAAGGGUGAAGCCAAUGUAUCUAAUGUGAUUCUGCGACAGCGUUCAAUUCAGAUUGAGUUUUAGUUACCAACCAUUUUCAGAAUGGCUACUGCGAGCAUACAUAUAUAUAUAUAUAUAUAUUGAUCCGAG